CGGGUGGCCGCGCUGACGCCGCUGCGAGCCAUGGCUGUCGCCUACCUGCUGGGCAACGGGUCCGCGCCGCUCCUCGCCGGCGCCCUGGAGGUCCCGUUCGCCGCCAACGCCUCCGCCUGCCGCCCGCCCGGGCCAUCCUGCCCGGCCUGGGGCAACGCCUCGGCGGCGCUGGGCUGGAACCGCUCCGAGCCCUGCGGCAGUGGCAAUGGCAGCGCGGGCGGCGGCGGGCCCUGCGCGCCCGCGGGCGGCGGCCCCUCCGUGGUCACCGCCAUCGCCAUCAUGGCCCUCUACUCCGUGGUCUGCGUCGUGGGGCUCUUCGGCAACUUCUUGGUCAUGUAUGUCAUCGUCAGGUACACGAAAAUGAAGACUGCCACCAACAUCUAUAUUUUCAAUCUUGCAUUGGCAGAUGCCCUAGCAACAAGUACUCUGCCAUUCCAGAGUGUGAAUUACUUGAUGGGAACCUGGCCAUUCGGUACCAUCCUUUGUAAGAUUGUUAUAUCCAUAGACUACUACAAUAUGUUCACCAGUAUCUUCACGCUCUGCACCAUGAGUGUGGAUCGCUACGUGGCCGUUUGCCACCCUGUUAAGGCCCUUGAUUUCCGUACUCCCCGAAAUGCCAAAAUUGUCAAUGUCUGCAACUGGAUUCUUUCCUCUGCCAUUGGCUUGCCAGUUAUGUUCAUGGCAACUACUAAAUACAGGCAUGGCUCAAUUGACUGUACACUUACAUUCUCCCACCCUGCUUGGUACUGGGAGAACCUCCUGAAAAUCUGUGUGUUCAUCUUUGCCUUCAUCAUGCCAGUCCUGAUCAUUACCGUGUGUUACGGGCUGAUGAUUUUACGCCUGAAGAGCGUCCGCAUGUUAUCCGGCUCCAAAGAGAAGGAUAGGAACCUGCGGAGAAUCACAAGGAUGGUUCUUGUGGUGGUGGCAGUGUUUAUUGUCUGCUGGACUCCCAUCCACAUUUACGUUAUCAUUAAAGCCCUGGUCAACAUCCCAGAAACUACUUUCCAGACUGUCUCCUGGCACUUCUGUAUUGCUCUAGGGUAUACAAAUAGCUGCCUUAAUCCAGUCCUUUAUGCAUUCCUAGAUGAGAAUUUCAAAAGGUGUUUCAGAGAGUUCUGCAUCCCCACUUCCUCAACCAUUGAGCAGCAAAACUCCACCCGAGUCCGACAAAACACUCGUGACCAUGCUUCCACUGCCAACACGGUGGACAGGACUAACCAUCAGUUGGAACUUCAAGAAGCUGAAACUACUCCACUGCCGUGACAGGGUCUCCUGCUGCAUGGCUCUCAGAGCAGUUGCCACUGCCACAGUGUGCUAGUGGGAACAUGUAGGAUAUGCUUUCCCUCAAAAAAAUACCACAGAGGAAAGUGCCUGCUUUUCCAAUCUGUCAAAAAUUGCUUCUGCAGCACAUCUGCAUUGCACAUAACAGAGAUGAGAUGUAACAGAGCCAGGAGGUGCCGGGGCCUUCCCGGCUCCCGUGUUCGCGGCAGUCCUGCUUGCCAGGAGCACAUACAUUAGUCUAAAACAGAGCUGCUGUGCCUGUAGCAACCUGGCAUUCCCUUGGUAAGUCACAGUGCUGUUAAAACAGGUUGGAAACAAAAAUUCAAAGGCUAGACAACUAUAGUUUGAAAAAUAAGAUGAGCCUUUGAGGAUGGAAAAUAAUGGGAUAUGAAGUCGUAAUAGUGUUGAGUACUCUCUAUUUACUCUUAAAAUUUAGUUGUUGAGGUGUUUUCUGUGCAGGUUAUUUGCGUGCUGAAGUCUCACGAGGUCAUGUAGAAAAACGCAUUUGUAGUUCAAGAGGACUUCUCUUGCGAGGGUUGCGUGUUCUGCAGUUUCAAAGGAAAAUUUUUUUCAGUGAUCCCAUAACAAAAAAAAAAACCAACAAACCCCACAUCCACACUUCAUCUUCUCCUUCUAGUUCACAUAUAUUAAAAAAAGAUUUUAAAAUCAAAACAACGAGCUAUCACUUUUUCUAAAAGAUAUGAGUAAAUUAAAGUAUUCUACAUUGUUACUGAUUGUCAAAUGAUCCCCAAAACAGCAUAUAUUAACAUAAAUUUCAUUGUGAAUGAAAAUGUAGCUAUAAGCCUGUCAGAGCUUGCACAGGCUGAUGAUGUCUUCUCUUUCAAGUAGUUUCUCAAAUUUCAGCUGCUCUGUCAGCAGCAUUUUCAGUUUGUAAGUAAACAACAAGCACCUAUGUGAAGUACCUGGAGCAGUUAAUGCAUUAGACUUUUAAAAAAAAAAAUAAAAAUUAAAAAACAGUUUGCUAGACAUCUAUUUUUUCUUAACCAAACACAUAGUAUGUUUGCUUUUCUAGUUCACAUGAUACAGUCUGCAUCUGCAUUUUGUGUUAGCUGCUAAAACACAUUAAGAUUUCAGGAAGAAACAUUGUGCUGCAGCAAAUGCCUUCUUAGCUGUUUUCUCGUAUGAAAAUUAGAAAUACCCAUGUAGAUAAUUCGUGUUUCAAUGGUAUUUUCUAGAUGUUGUUUGUUACUUGCUUUGUAAAUAAAUCAUCAGUAGUUAACCGGGGGUAAAUGUACUUUGAUGAAUUUAAGUGUAUUCUGAAAUACAACUAUAUAGAGGAGGUUGUUUUGGGGUUUUUUUUGUCUCUUUCUUUUUGCAGCAAAAAUGUAUUUCUUAUUUUCAAUUGUUAAAGUCUGUGUAUCAAUGAGGUUAUAAUGUGAAAUUGUUUCUGCCAUAGACUGCAUAAUAAAGAUUGAAGACCAAAUCCUUGCAAGUUGUAAAUUAAAGGAUUAUUUGGGUUUCAUCA